CCUUUACGUCAUCACCUCUGCGACUCCCCGCCGGACAGCCUGGGAUCUGCUCUUCGGGAAGGUGUAGUAGUGGGACCGGCAGGGAAGAUGCCCGUGGCCGUUAUGGCAGAAGGUGCCUUUAGUUUCAAAAAGUUGCUAGAUCAGUGCGAGAACCAAGAGCUCGAGGCACCUGGAGGAAUUGCUACACCCCUCGUGUAUGGUCAGCUUCUAGCUUUAUAUCUACUCCAUAAUGACAUGAAUAAUGCAAGAUAUCUUUGGAAAAGAAUACCACCUGCUAUAAAAUCUGCAAAUUCUGAACUUGGGGGAAUUUGGUCAGUAGGACAGAGAAUCUGGCAGAGAGAUUUCCCUGGAAUCUACACGACCAUCAACGCUCACCAGUGGUCCGAGACUGUCCAGCCGAUCAUGGAAGCACUUAGAGAAGCGACAAGGAGACGAGCCUUCGCCCUGGUCUCUCAGGCAUACACCUCAAUCAUCGCUGACGACUUCGCAGCAUUUGUCGGGCUCCCUGUGGAAGAGGCUGUGAAAGGUAUUCUGGAGCAAGGAUGGCAAGCUGACUCCACCACGAGAAUGGUCAUGCCCAAAAAGCCAGUUGCAGGUUCCUUGGAUGUUUCCUUUAACAGGUUUAUUCCUUUAUCAGAGCCUGCCCCAGUUCCGCCGAUCCCCAACGAACAGCAGCUCGCCAGGCUCACUGAUUACGUCGCUUUCCUCGAAAAUUGAUGUCUCAUCUGCUUUACGAUCCAGUGUCUCGUAUCCUGACAAAUGUAAUUUUGUAUUUUCAGUUUAUUGGAUGGAUCGAACACCUCAGCGUUCCGUACUGAGUAUGUGAUAAAAUACAGAUGUAAUAUAAAGCAUAUUAUAUAUAUUUGUCCUGACACAUCAUGCUGAAUAGUUCUGAGACAGUUCUCCUUCGGUGGCAGCUGGCAGUUUGGGUGAGGCUGCCAGAACGACGCAGUCAGCUUACAUUUCCGGGGCUCGUAGGUGCAGCCCCCCUGCCUCCUGCUGCACAGAGCAUGGCAGCGUCUGUCCCACCCGCACCCGGUGCUAUCCCAUCCGGUCUGAGGAAGGCUGUCCAGGGGUAUUGUCUGAAUUGGGGGUGGUCUCGAUGCACCUCUUUGGAGAAUAUGCCCUCUUCUCCGCUCCCACGAGUCACUGAUACAGGGUGCUGAGGAGCCAGAGGCGUUUGUUUAGCAAACAGAUUGUUAGGGUCCUCUCUCAGUGUGAGUGCAUCCAUUGCUGGCAGUGGAGGUGGGACUUGAGACACUUAAGACGCUCAUGAGAAGUAUUAGCUCAUGAGAAGUGUUACGUUUUACUGUUUUCUUCUCAGAAGAGGGAAACUCGUAUUGAGAAGAAGCUUUGAGAUAAGUAACACUAUGUACCACUGUCCUGCAGCCUGCUGGGUGCUGUGUUUAUCCCUCGGUUCAGUUUUGCCUUUUGGAAAAAUACUGAACAAGUUUUUCAUUUCUCGUGUGAUAGCUUUCUGAAUAUUUGAAGUUGUUUAUUGUAUUUUCAGAUUAAACCACCCGCCCCCCAGUUCAUUUAUUUUGCAUUUGUUCAAUAAAUAUUUAAUUGAUUUCUUCAA